AUGGCUGAAUUAACUAUCGGCACAGAUGCAACACAAACCAACAUCACCACGGACCAGGCCGCUCUUCUUGCUCUGAGAUCCCAUAUCACCAGUGACCCUCACAACAUCUUGGUCAACUGGUCAACCACCACCUCCGCCUGCAACUGGGUUGGCGUUACUUGUGGUGCUCGCCAUCUCAGAGUAGCAUCAUUGAAUCUCUCAUACAUGGGUUUUAUUGGCACCAUUCCACCACACUUAGGCAACCUCUCAUUCCUUGUUGAACUGCACUUCGAAAACAACAGUUUCCAUGGCACCUUGCCACAUGAAUUGUCUUAUUUGCGUCGGCUGAAGUUGAUUGACUUUGCAUACAACAAUUUUAUGGGAUCCAUUCCAUCGUGGUUUGGGUCCUUCCCCAAACUUCAAAGCUUCUAUUUGUAUGGUAACAAUUUUUCAGGUUCCAUACCUGCGACUAUCUUCAACUUAUCUACGCUACAAGUAAUUGAUCUAAGCAUUAACCAACUAUCAGGUACGUAUGUGUCAACAGGUUAUCUAGACUCUACUGUUGGUCUAUCAUUACGUUUUAAACAUUUUUCAGGUUCCAUACCUUCGGCUAUCUUCAACUUAAAUGCACUGCAAGAAAUUGAUCUAAGCAACAAUCAGCUAUCAGGUACGUAUGUAUCAACAAGUUAUCUACACUAUAUUGUUGAUUGA